AUGGUAUGCUUAUCAAGUUUUUUGGAUUUAUCGAUUGGUAGUAGUGGAAAGGGUGGUAAGCAACAGCAGCAAGCAAUGUUGGCAGAGGUUGAGAAAAUGCUUCCAAUGUCAGUUCAUUCCUCAAGGUAUUCAACUACUACAUCUCGUCAUCGAACAACCAGCAAGGCAAUGAUAAGCUGGCCAUCAGUUCACUACGUUCACUCGGCUACUUCCUAUUCUCACAGUCUAUAG